AUGUCAAAGUUCUUAAUCUACCGAGACGAGAUCGACAAGGCAAUCCAAAGCUGUUUGGCAGCCACCACAGAGUACAGAAACCAACAUCAAGUAUCCGAAGUGCCGUUCCCUGUUAUCCAAGAUUUAGUUCAAAAUCACAUCCAGCCUUUAGGUGGCAGCGAAAACAAGCUCAACAUCAAAAUGCCAGAGGAAAGCAAAACCGACUGGAGAAAGAAUGCAACCGAAGUCAUGUUUCGUCGAACGCUGUUGCAGAUGAUUGAUUUGGAGCAGAGUGAGGAGAGGUUCAACAAGAUAUUCGACUGCCUUGACAUUGUAUUAUAUUGCACAGAAACCAACGUCGAUUUGCUAGACGUGGUGGUGCCAUUGACCUUUCUGGAAGAGCUAUCAGAGGCUCAUACCACCAGUGGUUGUGAGAAGAUAUUCAAUUACAUCGAAAAGCGCAAAUCAAGAAUCACAGUGGAUAUGGUUCCCGGCAAAGGAAAGGGUCUCAUUCUCUUGAGAAUGUGCAAUGAUUUGCUGCGACGAUUAUCAAAAGAAACCAACACUGUAUUCUGUGGUCGCAUCCUCAUGUUUCUUGCCAAUUCAUUCCCUCUUGGCGAAAGAUCAGGUGUCAACUUACGAGGUGAUUUCAACACAGAUAUGAUCCACUUUGAUUCAGAUGAACAAGUAGACGCAGAUCCCAACAUGACAGAUGAGCAAAAGUCAUUUUACAAGCUGUUCUGGUCCACUCGUGUCUUUUUCUCCAAUCCACCCACCAUUUUUGCUGAUGAUAAUUUUAAAAAGCUGCAACAAGGCACAGACAAGAUUGUUGAGAAAUUCGAGGUCAUUGGCGAAAAGGAAGCAGAGAUAUUAGGCGCACGCAAGAAUGAAGGUCUGAAGCGGUCAAGAGAGGAUUACGAAAAUGGAGGCGCAUUAGGCAUGGAGGAAGACCCUGCCAUUGCAGAGGAAAUGCUGGCAUUAAUCAAUCGUGAUUACAGAUUCCCCAGAUUACUGAGCAGCAGACGAUUGUUGGACUUGGAGAUGGAAGACGCUCGAUUUAGAAGAAAUGUCAUUGUGCAGUACUUGAUUUUGUUCCAGUACCUGUCUGGAUUUUCAGCUGAAGAAAAGGAGAAGACCAAAGAAGCAUUAACAGCGCGUGGAGCCACCAAGCAAUCACUAAUUCAGCCUUCGUAUACACUCUCUGACGACCAAAUCAAAUGGAUCGAAGACACAAAACAGGUCUUAUUGAAGCUUCUAAGAGCUAUCAAACCUCAUGGAAAACUAUAUACCGACAUCAUAUUGACCAUCUUGGAACACGAGCGUCACUGGAUCAUUUGGAAGGCAUCUGGAUGUCCUGCUUUUGAGAAACAGCCUCGAGAUAACAAGCUGCUUGAACAAUCACGCUUGACCAAGAAACCGCGAUUGGAAGCACCACCUAGAAAAUACCGUUUCUCUCAUGGAAACUUUGAAGUGUCGAAACUGUUUGGCAAUAGUACAAAUACCUCGCUCUCUAGCUUCAUGCUAAAUCGACCCAAAAUCCCCUCUGGUAUCGAGAUCAUUGAUAGCUCACUCAUGGAAUUAGACGACUCGCUUGAUCCUCCUCAAGACAGAUUCAAUUUCGCAAAUGGCGUUCUAUUGCAAGCCUCAAGAAUUGUGUACGAAAACCACCCAUCACUGAUUCGAUUAUUUUAUGCUGCCAAAAAGGACAGCUACAAGGAAAUGCAUGAACGACUCAACGAAACCAAGGAAGCCGGAGAAGAAGAGGACGAAUCAACAAACAAACCAUCUAUGCCAGACUUUAUUGUGGGCGAAAAGAUUACAGAAGACCAUGUACAAGCGGAAAUCUCAACAUUAAACAAGGCACGAGAAAUACUAACAGAAGAAAUAACCAGCAAAGACGAAGAAAUGAAGGAAUAA